AUGUCUACUUUUGAGGAGACUUUUGAAGGAGACGAUGACUCCUACGUCUCCUUGACCUCGCAGGCUCUUGCUUUGCCCAAUAGCAGCGCCCCCAGAAGGGGGUCCAUCAUACUUUCUAAUGGUCCUAGUUUGACCUAUCGCACGUUUCCAAAGCGCAUGUCCCUCGAUGAGUCGGAUGGGGAUGCCAUGUCUCAGGUGAACUACGGAUCGAUUCUAGAUGGUGCUGAUGUUAGGUCUUUUUCAAGUAGAAGGCCCUCGUUGACCAGUAUUAGGGGGCAGAGUUUGCGAUAUGCCAUGUCUCAUGGGACGUUUCAUGAGUCUUCCACUAGUUACAUUACAGAGAUCAAAAUGCUAACCAAGUUUUCUAUUCCAUUGGUUGUAACUUUUCUGCUUCAGUAUUCAUUGACUGUGUCCUCGGUGUUUUCGGUGGGUCAUCUAGGAGAGAUGCCGUUGGCAGCAGUGUCUUUAGCAUCAAUGACUGCCAAUGUCACAGCAUACAGUAUUAUCCAGGGAAUUGCUACGUGUCUGGACACGCUUUGCCCCCAAGCAUUUGGAAGAAAUGAUCAUCGCAUGGUGGGGGUACAUUUUCUUAGAUGUACGACAUUCCUCCUAUUACUCUACAUCCCAAUCUUCUGCCUUUGGUUCUGGGGAUCAAAACCUCUUCUCUUGAGAAUUGUUCCCAAUCCAGAGCUCUCAGGGUUGGCAAGUCAAUACCUCAGGGUACUUGCUUUUGGACUUCCCGGAUUCAUUCUGUUUGAAAACUGCAAGCACUUUCUUCAGGCCCAGGGUAUAUUUCAUGCCUCAACCUAUGUAUUAUUGUUCUGUGCUCCCCUGAACAUGCUUCUUAAUUAUUUGUUGGUCUGGGACAAAAAGAUUGGAUUGGGGUACAUAGGUGCACCGGUAGCUGUUGUCUUUACUAAUUGGCUAAUGGCUGCCAUGUUGAUAGUUUAUAUUGCCAAGGUCAAAGGCCACGAGUGCUGGUGUGGAUUUUCUAGGGAAGCCUUCAAGAAUUGGAAACGAAUGCUAGAUCUCGCAGGCCCGGGUGUUCUAAUGGUAGAAGCUGAAUGGUUGGCUUUCGAAAUCAUUACUUUUUUUGCCAGCCGUUUCGGUCCUACUGUUUUAGCAAGUCAAACGGUAGUCUCAACAACUUGUGUUCUGAUGUACCAGAUUCCAUUUGCCGUCUCUAUUGCUUCAUCCACAAGAGUCGCAUGGUUUAUUGGCAGUGGGUCUAAACACGCUGCAAUUUUAGCUGUGAAGGUUUCCAUGCUAGUUGGUCUCGUUUUGGGGUUAACGAAUGCCGCAUUUCUCUUCAACUUUAGACAUACAAUUGCAAGUCUAUUCUCCUCAGAUACUGAAGUCAUUGAACUUGCUAGUAAAGUUCUUAUUGUUGGGUCGAUCUAUCAGGUCAACGAUUUUAUCUCAUGCAUUGCUAGUGGGGUGUUAAGAGGUCAAGGACGACAAAAGAUUGGGGGAUUUCUCAACCUUUUUUCUUACUACGUUGUGGCAUUACCUAUUGCAUGGUACUGCGGAUUCCACUUAGGCAUGGAACUGCUGGGAUUAUGGUAUGGAAUGGUGAUUGCAUUAAUUUUAGUCUCGACGUCGGAAAGCUUUUUUAUAUGGCUGUCAGACUGGGACGGAAUUAUACAACAAAGUAUAGAUGAUGCCAUACAUGAUAACUGCUCGUUGUUUGGUAAUCCUUUGUCACGAAUUGUGUCUUCCAUCAGCCACGCUUGA